AUCACAGUCAGCGCAGUCAGCCAGUGAGAAGGAAACUUGUGACUGCGGCAGAAGCAGCUGGAGCGUGGCCUCUCACUGCGAGAUUAAAGAAAAGGGAAAGAAUUUACAGCACAGCUCUGCUUCAGUCUCCUCAGCUCAAUCUGGCAACAUGGACUGCGGCAUUUGUACGUCCAAGACCAUCCUGCUCUUCCUCAGCUUGCUGUUCUGGGGUGCCGGAGCAGCAUUGGCCUACGUUGGUGCCUACAUAAUCAUGAGCUAUAGAACCUUUGACAGUUUUGUGGCAGACAAGCAGUCUCUGAUCCCCGCGAGCAUCGUCAUCAUUGCCAGCGUGGUGAUGGUCGUCAUCGGCCUGGUGGGAUGCUGCGCCACACUCAGAGAGUCCAAAUUUGGCCUUGGCUGUUUCUUUCUGGUUAUCGUGAUAGUCUUUGCAGCUGAAGUGACUGCUUUGGUGUUUAUCUUCAUUUACCAAAGCAGAUCAGCGCAGAUAAAUCAGGAGCUGGAGCGCUCGAUGAAUAAGACCUUUGCAAAUUAUGAUGGAACCGAUGUUAACUCCAGAGCUGUGGAUGAUCUGCAGUCUCAGUUGAAGUGCUGUGGAGUCAUCAACUACACCAGCUGGUACAACACCCCCUGGUACGAAGGAAACAAAACUAUACCUCCGUCUUGCUGCAUAAACACAACUCAGUGUACCGGCCAAACCAGCCAGUUUUAUCAAGAGGGUUGUGUGGUAAAACUGGAGAAGUUCCUGCAUGAUGCGUUGAAUUAUGCCAUGCUGGUCAUCCUUGGAUUUGCCAUCAUCAAGUUCUUUGGGAUGCUGAGCGUCUGUGUGAUAACCUGUAGAAGCGGCAGUCGGAGGAGUGGCUAUGAGCCUCUGUAUGCCUGAGACGCUUCCUGGAAGUCCCUGCUCAUUUUCCUCAAAGGGGUCUGCAGACUGAUUCCUCUGCACUGUAAACAACAAUCAGUUCCUUCUACAAAUCUAAAGUUUAUCUCAAUAAUUGUACCUGCAAGUCAUAUUCUGAAGGGGAUCAUAUGACAGCAUGCCUCCUCAGACUGUAACAAAAUUAUAUGUAGCUCCGUCCAUGUAGAUUUAUCGUUUUGAGUGCAUCUACUUUCAGUUAACUUUCCAUGAAGUAGAGCUACUUGUGCUGUCUAUAUGUCUCUUUGCAAACAAAUUAAGAAAUGGAGUCUGUCUGAAAUGCUUGAAUUCAUUUGAACUGUUUACUGAAAGCCUUACUUGCCCGAUGCAGACUCUCCCAUUAGAUGUGAUGUAAAGAAAACUCUCUGACGUUGAGGCCUCUUCUUUUACUUGUUUAUCUUUAACCCUUCUCGCUUUUCUGCAUCGUGUAGAUAAUCCUUCAAAGGACAUUAUUCUGUGAAUGUACCUUAGUAAAUGACGUCAUUAUAUCUUUGGAGUUGUUUGCGAUAGUUAACCAAAGUGUUUAUUGCCUUAUUUAGGGAUCUUAAAGCAAACUAAAUUGGGUGGAAAACCCAUGUCUUUCUCUGGUCAGUUAACUGUAUGGAGAAUCUUUAUGUUUAUUAUAUUUCUAAAUUAAAAGGGUAAAUAUUUCACAAUGUUGUUGAUUUUUUUGUUGUUGUUUUGUCUCCACUAAAUGGCUAUAGAUUUUCCUUAAAAAUUGUAACACGUUACCAUUGAAUGACGUGUAUUAAAAAAAGAAAACUUGUUGCUUGAAAAAAAUAAGCGUAUGCACACCGAGUUUCUUAAGGGUGACCCACCGUGUUUAUCUGUAACCUCCUGACUCGGCUGAUAAGAGGCCCACAUGGUGGCGCAGAGAGAUGAUGACUAUUCAUCUUACAUGAACUUUGUCACUGUUUACAAAGAU